GAAUGAGUCGCGCCUCCUCAGUGCGCUUCUCCUCCAGCUCCAACGUGGUGAAGUCUCCAGAUGUUUUCUCCAGAUGGAUUAUUGGAAACUUCUGGGACGUCAUUAUAAAAGUUGCUGCACCCAGGCGGAGGCAGGAAACUUGUGACCAGAGACAGCAAGGGAAGCAGCUGCUUCAUCCGAGAACCGAGUGCUGCUCGCUGCUCCCCUCUUCGACCUCUUCGUCUCCGGCACGCAACAUGGACUGCGGGAUCUUCACAUCCAAGACCGUCCUCCUCUUCCUCAGCUUGGUCUUUUGGGUGGCGGGAGCUGCUUUGGCCUACGUCGGUGCCUACGUGAUCAGGAGCUAUGACUCCUUCGAAAGUUUCAUUCAGGACAAAUACACCUUGGUCCCGGCGGCGAUCAUCAUUGGCAUCAGCGUGGUGAUGUUCAUUUUCGGUCUGGUGGGAUGCUGCGCCACGCUGCGGGAGUCCAAAGUCGGGCUCAGCUUCUUCUUUCUGAUCAUCAUGGGGAUGUUUGCAGCGGAAGUGGCUGCUCUGGUGUUUGGCUUCAUCUACCAAGGAAAGAUAAAGGCCGACCUGGAGCGCUCAAUGAACGACGUCUUUGUGAAGUAUGACGGGCAGGGAGCUGAGACCGACGCUGUCGACUACCUGCAGGUUCAGUUGCAGUGCUGUGGCGUCAUGAAUUACACCAGCUGGUCCAACACCAGCUGGUUCAGCAGCCACAACAACACGGUACCUGCGUCCUGCUGUAAAAACAGCACGGUGUGCACGCGCAGGCUGGACCAACCGGACCAGCUUAACACCCAGGGCUGUGAGGUGAAGCUGGAACGCCUCCUACAGGGUGUGUUGGGUUACGCCAUGCUGGUCAUUCUGGGCUUCGCCAUCAUCAAGUUCUUCGGGAUGCUGAGCGUUUGUGUGAUCGCCUGCAAAACCGGCAGCCAGAGGAGCGGCUACCAGCCUCUGUAUGCCUGAGCGUCCUCAUGCAACCGCUUGCCACCGCUUGUUAAUUUAGCUUGAAUAGGAUUUGCUGACCACCCGCUCAGCAGUGACUCAUCCAGGCCCAUUAGUGUACAAAUAUUCAUUUUUAUUUAAAUAAUGGCAUGUAUGUAUUAGCAAGUGCACAUGGAAAGUGGUGAAAAGUGCCUCCGUUUAAAGGAUAAAAAUAAAAGCGGCAUGAACGUUCCCACUUGUUAAAUCCUUUUCCUGAAGGAGUUAUUUUUAUCUAAACCUUUCCCUUUAGAUUCAUGUUUCUUGUCGUUGUGAAGCCCAGGGUCUCUGUACAGCUUCAGUCCGGCUACUUUAUUAUUCUUUGAUAAAGGACUUAAAACUACAGUUUAAGCGUUUUGUGAUUGUGAACAAAACACACAAUACAGUUAACUGUAUUGACUUAUGUAACAAUUCCAUAUGAAUGACUUAUCGUUAUGCAUAUAAUGUUUCUAAAUUAAACAGGGUGAAAAUGUCUU